CAGUUGCGGAUGGUGACCACGCUGAGAGGGGUUGUGAGGUGUUCAAGAUGGCGGCGCCCUGUGGAGUGCAGUUGCUCUAACAGAGGCGUUUCCAGAUGAGUGAAUGUCUUUUGCAGUGGUGCCUGGAGACGGGAUCGACGGCCGCCCAGGGACACCUCCAGGCUGGAUGCCGUGAGAGUGACGUCUGAGAGCCGCACCCUAGUCCGUUUUAGAGACACCCGCCACCAGUCUCUCCCCUGCUGUCCAGACCAUCAUGUCCAGGGAGCAGCUGAACGUGGGGGAUCUCCUCCCACUACUGGAGACCUCGGACCUCCGCCAGCUGGAUGAGAUCAAAGGCCUUAUCAAUGAACACCUCAACACAGAUCGAGGGUCUGUGCUACUGAAUGGUUUGGUGGAUUAUUUCCUGGAGACUAACUCCGCACAGGCAGUGCACAUCCUGUCCUCAGUAAGAGAGCCACACGAUAAGCACCUUUUUGAUAAAAUGAAUGAAUGCAUGGGUAAAGCCCAGUGUCGCUUGCCCACUCUCACUCUACUGGGGCACGUCGUCCGUAAGCAGCCAUCUUGGAUCCACAAGAUCGCUCGCUAUCCGCUGCUGCUAUCUCUUCUCAAAUGCCUCAAGACAGACACAGAUGUUGUGGUUUUGAUUACUGGGGUCUUGGUGCUUAUCACUCUUUUACCCAUGAUUCCCCAAGCUGGCAAGCAGCACCUUUAUGAGUUCUUCGAUGUGUUUGGCCGUCUGGCCUCAUGGAACCUGAGAAGCCCGGGACACAUGCCAGAGGUUUAUCUCAUCCACUUGCACGCCAGCGUGUACGCACUCUUCCAUCGGCUGUAUGGGAUGUACCCCUGCAAUUUUGUGUCCUACCUUCGUUCUCAUUACAGCAUGAAGGAGAACAUGGACACCUUUGAAGAGGUUGUCAAGCCAAUGCUGGAGCAUGUAAGAAUACACCCAGAGCUAGUAACAGGAACCAAGGACCAUGAGUUGGAUCCCAGCAGGUGGAAGAAGUUCGAGACCCAUGACAUUGUCAUUGAGUGCGCCAAAGUCUCUCUGGACCCAAAAGAGGCGUCCUGUGAAGAGGGCUAUGCCACCAUGCCAGAGCAUUUCUGUGCCCAUUUACAGCAACGUCCGGGUGAAAGCACUGCCAGUCCGUACGCUGACUUUCACAGUAGCUAUGGAAGUUCUUCCUCGACUCAUUUCUCCACCCCUCGUCAGCCUGCCGUCCCUCCUCUGCCCCUGUCUACUUUCUCAGGGACUCAGCCCCCCUAUCGCAGUCCUACUGGGACCCGUCGGCAGAACUCCAGCUGUGAAUUUAAUGCUGCAUAUGGCGGUAAAGAUUCCCUCUGGAGCCCCUCCUCCCAGUGUGGCAUGGCCACGCCUCCUUCCUCUCGUGGGAUGUCGCCGAACCCGGAACUGUCCCAGAGUGCCUCUCACCUACCCAGCCGCCUCUACAGUACACCUGCAGGUGGAAAAGGCACUCCAUCCUCCAGCACACCCGCGACCGCCUCGCCUCCUCCCAGCCUCUCAGACGAGUUUCCCCCCAUGUUGCCGCAUCGCAGCACUGCCAGCCCGUCAUGCAAGGAUGCUAGACCUUUAGACCACAACAAACCUGCCCUGGUCAGGCAGGAACCAAUCAGAGAGUCUGAAGUGAUCAAUCACAAAGAGGGCAGAAGUGAGAAAAUGCCCAUGACGCUGACCGAGCUCUCAGUCUACAUGAAGGAACAGGAGCAGAUGAGGAUCGAAAAGGAGCGGGAGGAUGCUGCCAUCACAGAGGAGCUUCAGAAACUCACUGAGGACAAGCGUGAUGUAGCUGCUCUUCGUGGCUUUGACUCUCCCUUCUUCAGCACCACAGAGACCCUGACCGGAGCCCAGGAAAAACCUGCACACUAUUCAGUCCUGGGCGGCUCGAUCAGAGACCCUCAUAAUGCCAUCUCCACACCCGAUAAAUCCGAGACCAGAGACAAGGGCAGGGUCAGCAGAGGCACAUCCCAGGAGCAUCCUUGGUCCUUCCAACCAGUGUUCACGCCUAUCGAGCACCCAGCGCACAGCCAUCUCCAUCGGAGUCCCUCUGCGUUAGAGGACGAAGCCCUAAAAUUUGGCUUGUGCUCCCCGAGUCCGUGCAAACCUCCGCCGGUGCCGUACGAGGCCCUGUUUGACAUGGCCCUGCCCCGGACGGCCUUUUUGUUUGUGGAGAGAAAGACCUCAGAGAUUGUGCAACAAGUAGCUUUAGAGAGGUGCCAGAGAGGUGAUGUGUUAAAGCAUGGGGAGGAGGACGGUAUGGAGGGGGUCAUGUCUCCUUCUCCUUUGGAGGUGCUGGACCGCCUUGUGCAGCAGGGUGCAGACUCCCAUGAUAAAGUGCUAAAGAGAUUACCCCUGCCAAGCAAGUCAGCUGAUUGGACACACUUUGGAGGUUCUGUUCCUCUGGAUGAGUUGCAUACACUGCGUAGUCAGCUGCUGCUCUUACACAACCAGCUGCUGUACGAGCGAUAUAAGCGAGAGCAGCACGCCGUACGUAACCGGCGUUUGCUCCGCCGCAUCAUCAACGCCACCACACUCGAAGAGCAGAACAAUGCUAUGAAGGACCAGCUGAACCUGCAAAGUGUGGACAUCAUGUCCCUGAGGGAGAGCUUGCAGGUGGAGCAACAGAGAUACAGGCAGCUGUGGGAUGACAGAGAAACGGUAGUGACGCGCCUGCACGGCCAGAUACGCCAACUACAGCAGGCCAGAGAUGAUUACUACACCAAAAACCAAGAGUUACAGAGUAAGCUACAAGAAAGCCAGAAGCGAAUAGGCGAUAUGGAGGCGGAGCUUCAGAGGGCAAACAAUGAGGUGUGCCAAACAGGGCACCAGCUGAACCAGCUCACUGCUAAGUUGUCAACGAGUGAAAGUGUUCAGCAGCAGCUCAGCUUUCUGAACAAGCAGCUGUUGCUUUUGGGUGAAGCUCAUAAACUGUGUGUCCAGGAGCUGCAGCAGGCUGGACCAGACAACAGCAAGGAGGUGCAGAUGCUCCAAACAUCAUGGGGAAAGGACACAGAGCGUCUAAAGCAGAAUCUGUUAUUCCAGAACCAAAAGCUGGACGCUGCUCAGCAGAGAGUGGCCGAGCUGGAGACGCUACUCUCGAAGAAAGAGCAUCUGGUUGCAGAGCAAAAGAAGUUUCUAGAGGAUGUAAAGGUUCAGGCCAGAGGUGAGCUGCAGGCAUCUGAGAGCAGGUACCAGACCCAAAGACGGAUAGCACUGGCCCUACAGGCUGAACUUUUGCAGCUGUACAGCAGGCUGGAGACUGAGAAAUCUUCUAGCACUGCUUCAGUCUUAACAGCAGAGGGCGCCGCUGAUCCUCGCAGUUCUACAGAGCCUAAUGUCAUAGUGGUGGACCGGCCAGUGAAAACAGCCAUCAAGGAGGAGGGAAAAUCUUCACACGGCAACGGCAGCACUUUAUCGCCAGGUCAGCCCAAAUCCAGUCCGACUGCAGCCAACUCUUUAAAUGGGAGUCGAGACACUCCCCCACCUGUCCUUGUGGAACCACCCCCUCACCGUCCUCAUUCUCCACUGGGGCCUCCAGGACCCCUGGUCCAUGCCGGGGCACCGGUCACUGUAGGCUCCUACCCCAGUGCCAAAAGCUUCCUGGGCAUGCGGGCAAGGGAGCUGUUUCGCAACAAAAGCGAGAGCCAGUGCGAUGAGGACGAAGCUCCUCCUCCCCGUCUCACUGGCCUAUCGCAGGGCCUGAAGACUGAGCUUUGCGUGGAACCGACAGCGAAGACCACGCCAAGCGCUCCUGGGUCCGCCUCUGCACAGAGCUUCACUCUCAUCACAUCUGCUAAAGAACCCAACCCUGGUUCGCAGCGAGACACAUUCGACUCAAGGUGCCCGGAGCGGCCCAGGCAGCAGCCGUUAAGGAUCAUGGACUAUAAUGAAGGUCACCAGGGGAGCAGCUAAAUGGUUGGAUAGGCUGGAUGGUGCAAAUUUAGAUAUUAGAGUGUAAGGCAAGACUCUUUCAAUUUUCAGUGUUAUUUGUCCUAUUUCCUCAAGUUGACAACAGGAUUUGGAGUUGGGAAAUCCUUCCUAAAAAUGGAAGCGUGGUGAAUGUGGUUUCAGAGAUGGUCACACAAUGGUCCUACUUAAUUUUACCCUAUAAAUGUUGCAAUUACAUCUAUUAUUUUUGCUAAUUUAUCAGCGUUCUCACCAUUGCAAGUGAAGCUGUAAGUUUAUGGUAAUAGAAGCAAUAUAAUUUAAGUUGUAGUGAUUGUACCGUCCUUACACCCUUAUAGGUCAACAGGAGUCAGUGUUUCUUUUUUAUACCGUCAGGUUUUAACCUAGACAUUUUCAAGCGCUAAUACAGUAUCAUGUUUAUCUUUAUCAUUUUUUUGGAUGUAAUGUGUGUGUGUGUGUGUGUGUGUGUGUGUGUGUGUGUGUGUGUGUGUGUGUGUGUGUGUGUGUGUGUGUGUAGCCUACCAUUGGCAUAUAAGGAAGGCCUGUAUCCCAGAUUUAAGGCUAAGACUAAUCCUGGGUUAAAUUGCACUGUUGUUUAAUUAAACAUCCCUUUGGGCCUAAUCUGGGUGUAAAAAUUGGAUUAUAGAUGUUACAGCCAAAACAAAAAGAAGGUCCGGAAUGUUUAGAGAAGUUUCUUAUAUGAAUAGAAUUUUUAUAAUUAUUUAUUUUUGUCAUCUCUUCCCAUUUGGGAUUUGCAGCUUUGGAAAGAGAAUCGCGUUACUCACCACUGCUUUUAAAAGUUCAAUUAUUAUUUAGACAUUGCCAUCAAAGUGUUUUCCAAACCUCUCUCCAUAAUCUCUUCUGAAGUAAUAUAAGUCUCUAUUAUAAUGUUGUUAUAAUUAUUAUUAUAUGAAAUCUAGAUAGUGGCCAUUAUCAAGCUUUACCCUAAUAGUCAGAUUGAUAAAAUUUCAAUACUCACCUUACAUCUUAAGGCAAGUUAUCAUCAUUAACUUUUUAGUAGUUAAUAAUUCAGUACAAUAAAACUAAAACAGAUUGAAAAAUAUAUAAUGCAUUUCUUUACUGUGCUAAAUGGUACCACAUUUUGGCAGAAUGAUGACUUGCCAGCUUUGGUGACCUUUGUAUUUUACCCUCUCACUUUAGUGUACUACAUUCAUUUGAAUGUCAUUACUAAUUUGCCUUUUGUGUGCCAAAUACCUAAGACGUUGUUAUGUAGAGUUUAUCUGUACUGUAAAAUGUAAAGUUCUUUAUCAAUUAGCUUAUUUUUUUGGAAAGUGAGGACAUUAUUUGUUAAAGUUUUGCUCCACUGGAAGCGAGUAGAUUGUAGCAAUGGCAACUUUUUAACGUAAUUUCCACAAGACGGCAAAGUCUGCAGUAAUAAUUAAUGAAGAAGAAAUUGUUACCAAAUCCUGUUGUCCCCUUGAAAUCUAUGCUGUUCCUUCUGCCUUGCUAUCUAGAGCAUGUGUAACAAUCCUCUUUUAAUGCCAACAACAAGAACUAUGACUUAACAAGACACAAGGUACAAUCAGUAUGAAAUGAAAGGAACGUAUGAAUUGAUGCUCCUUUGAUGGAGAUGAAAGUUCUGGGGUUUGUUGGGGAGGGAAGGCGGGGACGCUUUGGAUAAGGGUCUUAAAGCAGUUGCUUCUGUUAACUGUGAAUGACAAAAAUAAAAUCAUCUUCAAUGUUUUGCACUACA